GAAUACAGUAGUGCGUUCUCAAACACACGUGAGGUCAGUCGGUGAACGAUGGCUAUAUAUUUUCUGAUAGGCGUGGCAACUGUAGCUUACUGUUUGUAUCUUUACUUUACAAGAACUUUUAACUAUUGGCGAAGCCGAAAUGUAGCAGGGCCACCACCCGUGCCCUUCUUUGGGAACAUAAAGGAAUCUGUAUUGCGACGAAAACAUUUCGCGAUAGUUUUAAAGGACAUAUACAACGCUUAUCCUAAUGAAAAAGUAGUCGGAGUAUACAGAAUGACAACGCCGGCCCUGCUGAUUCGAGACUUAGAUAUUGUGAAACAAGUGAUGAUUAAGGAUUUCGACAAUUUCCCUGAACGAGGAGUAGAAUUCGAUAAAGAUGGGCUAGGCGCUAAUUUAUUCCAUGCCGACGAGGCAUUAUGGAGGGUUUUAAGAAACAAGUUCACACCCCUUUUCACUACAGGCAAAUUAAAAAACAUGCUUCAUUUGAUGAUCGAUAGAAGCGAUGAUUUUAUCAAGUACGUAGAAAAUAUAACUCGGGCACAACCCGAACAAGAAGUGUUCCAGCUAGUGCAGAAAUUUACAAUAGCAAACAUAUCAGCUUGUGCUUUCGGUCUGGACUUAGACAUGACGAAAGAAGGUGAUGUUCAAAGAAAAAUGAGGAAAAUUGAUAAGCAAAUAUUUACUCUUAAUUACGCGUUUGAAUUAGAUAUGAUGUAUCCUGGAAUAAUCAGUAAGAUUGGUACUUCUCUUUUCCCCGCCAAUAUAAAAAGAUUUUUCCAUGAUUUAGUCAAACAAGUGGUUAAUGUAAGAAAGGGAGAACCGACAGAUAGAAAAGAUUUCAUGGAUUUAAUUCUGGAAUUAAAGCGAGAAAAACAAGUGCACGGAGCCCAAAGAACAAAGGAUGAAGAAAAGAAAUCUUUGGAAUUAACGGAAGGGAUAAUAGCGGCACAGGCUUUUGUAUUUUACGCUGCAGGCUAUGAAAGCAGCGCCACGACUAUGGGGUUCAUGCUCAUGCAGCUCGCGCAAAAUCCGGAAAUUCAAAACAAACUAGCGGCAGAAAUUAAAGAAGUGCUGAGGAGACAUGACGAUAAAGUAACAUACGAGGCGCUGCAAGAUAUGACUUAUCUAGAUAGAGUUUUCGAUGAAACUCUCCGAAUGUACCCCGUAGUCGACCUUAUCCUAAGGAAGGUUGUCACAGACUACAAGAUUCCUGGAAGCAACGCGAUGCUUAAAAAAGGACAAACUGUACUUAUUUCCAUCAGCGGAAUACAUUAUGAUGAAGAACAUUGGCCUAACCCUUUGAGAUUCGAUCCCGACAGGUUCAGUCCUGAAAACACAGCAAACAAGCACCCUGCAGCAUACAUACCGUUUGGCAUCGGGCCUCGGAACUGCAUAGGCUUGCGGUUUGCAAAGGUGCAAAGCCGCGUGUGCAUGGUGCAGCUGCUGCGGCGGUUCCGGCUGCUGUCCACCGACCACACGCGCAGGGACUUUCACUACGACCCUCGCCGUAUUGUGCUCACCCCCGCCGGGGGGUUCAAAAUAAAGCUUUUGCCUAGGGAGUAACUGAGUUCUCUUGGAAAUUUCUCAUAACGAGAAAUCAUAUUUUAUGACGUAAGUUCACUCAAGUAACUGUAUGUCAAGAGACUGUAAGUCUUAUAAUACCUAACCCAAACCCUUAUCCUAACAUAUAUUAAUAUUUGCUCUUUAUUUAUAACCCCCUUUUAAAAUCAUCUAGUUUUUCGUUUUUAUCUAUUUAAUAUUUUUAAAAUUAGGAAUAAGUAUCUUUAUUUUCCUUGUCCAAAAUGUAGAUACAGUUGUUGUACCUUAAAGUUAAUUCUGUGUAUCGAUAUGUUCCGUGUUUAUUAACUGAAACCAUGUAAAUAUAGUUUCAAUUUCUAGAA